AUGGGAAACGUUGAUGAAUCUCACGGCGUCGUUUUUCAGGUCAUUAAUCUUCGCAUGCAAAGUUCUAUCAUAAAAAUUUCAAACACUGAAUAAUCAACUAAUAAAAACUUUUUGUAGUGCUUGAGGAAAAAAACCCGAAGUUGAACGUAGUUUCAAUUGAAACUAGAAAACGCAAAAAAAUUUAUUUCUGGAAAUAUAAACUCAUCUUUAGGUGUAAAAUGCAAAAAACAGCUUUUCAAUGAGGUUCUUUCUAAUCGAAAAACUUCUCAGACAGGUCGCGAAAUGCCGGCAAUGAGAGAAGUGGCGAUGAGAAUCGGUAACUUGCGACUUCAUGCGUGGGGCGUCUUCAGCAACGUCUACAGGUAUCUCAACAAUUUUUGAAAUUCAUCAGCUGUUCAGUGAAGAGGAACACUUCUUUCGCCUUUGCCAGAGCGCGAGAUUGCGAUCAAGAAAACUUGGCCUGGUUUCUCACUUAUUCAUUCUGAAGAUGUCAACUCUACUUACAGACACUGCUGACCGCAACUUUGAGAUGAUUUUCCUAACUGGAAUAUCUCGUGCGCCACAUAAAAAUAUCGUUCAAAUGAUGUAUGCCUAUGCAAAAAACUAUGGAGACAGGGUUCUUGUUCAAUUUUCAAUCAAUUUUUUGAUAUUUCCAUCAUUCAUAUUAUAAUAUUCAUUGAAGAAAGUAUUUUGAAGGUUUGCGAAUCAUUUGUGUUCGAGUUCUUGCCCGAUACACUCGGAUCUGUAAUCAAAUCGACGGCGCUGGACGACAUCGAUAUCAAACUGUACUCUUGGCAGCUUUUCAAUGGUCUCCGUUAUCUUCAAGCGGUUUUCCUCUUCUUCUUGUUUGCGGAUAAUAGUUUAUCAAGCAUUUCGUGGUUCAUCGGGACGUGAAGCCAAUGAACAUUCUAGUGGAUCAUGAGAAAGGAAUUCUCAAAAUCGGCGACUUUGGCUCGGCUAAAAUUCUUAAAAAGGGCUUUCCGUCUACUUCCUAUCAGGUUUCUCUUCAUUCUAACUGUCAAUCUUUUCUCUUUAAAUGAUACUCAGGUGACACGAUUCUACCGGUCGCCAGAACUAUUACUACGGUCUUCAGACUACAGUUGGAUGGUCGGUAUGACCUCAGGAAAGCAUGAUAGCUUUUCUGAUCGUUUUCAGACGUUUGGUCAGCGGGAUGCUGUAUUGGCGAGAUGAUGAACCGUCGUGUCUUGUUCCCAGGUCGCAACGAGAAACAUCAAUUAGUAAUUCUUUCUUUUUGAGUCUAUUUUUUGUUAUCUCACUCAGAUUAUUCAUAUUCAGAAGCUGAUAAUCACGUGUCUUGGAAUUCCUAACAAAGAGGACCAGAUGAAGAUGAAGACCUCGAAGAGAAUUAAAGAGGAUGCUCGCCUAGUCCCCACCGGUCUUCGAGGCGUACGAAUAUAGUCCUUUCAGAUUUUGGAUGUCAAGUAGAAUGACGUCAAUCGAAAACGCUCUGUGAAAGGCUCGCUCUCUGAUUGGUUUAUCGCGCCAUUAGGGGCGGAGCUUGAGCGAGGACUUGAAAUUUGAAAUCUGAACAGACUAUAGCUGUUAGAUCCAAGAUUUGAUAGUUUAGGCGAUUCCUCAAGCAAACGUUGAAUCGAUCUCUUUUCUGGCUCAAAUUCUGAAAUACCGGCCCCGAGAAAGACUGCACGGCUCCAAACUCCUACGACACCCUUUUUUCUACGCACUUUUCAAGUUUUCUUGGGAAUUUAAGUACCAAAAAAAGUUUUAAUGCUUUAGAGGUGGAGCGCGGAGGUCAAAUGGAGUCGCGAUAACUGAUAUAAUUUCGCGCAUCGACUUCAUAACAGCGAUGUGAGCUGUCUCCUACUUUUCACUUUCAAAGCUUCUGGUGUAGGAAAGAUGAGCACGAAAAAGGACGCCAGUUCGCCGAGAUGGUCAUGAAGAACGAGAUCAAAUUCGCGUGGCCAGCGAUCGAAGUGAAGGAAUCGAAGGAACAGAAAGAAGUCAAGGAGAACUCUACACAAAUGCCAGAACGACAGGAGAUUCUUGUGGAUGGAAGAAAAUAG